AUGGGGCUUUGUUAUGGAAAACCCAUUGAACCCCCAAAAAAUAUUGUUGACAACUCAAUAAUCCUAGACGAAAAGGAUGAACAAACCUUCAGUAGACCCUCUAAUGGCAAAACCCCUAAAUUCCCAUUCUACAGUCCGAGUCCAUUGCCAAGUCUUUUCAAGACUUCACCUGCAAAUUCCAGCAGUGUCCCUUCUACCCCUCUUCGUUUUCUCAAGCGCCCUUUUCCUCCGCCAUCGCCAGCUAAGCACAUUAAGGCCUUGCUUCUGAGGAGGCAUGGCUCGAUCAAGCCGAACGAAGCCACUAUACCAGAGGGGAGCGAAUGUGAGGUCACCAUUGGGCUGGAUAAAAAUUUCGGGUUCUUGAAGAAUUUUAGUAGCUGUUAUGAGAUUGGGGAGGAAGUUGGGAGAGGGCAUUUUGGGUACACUUGUUCUGCUAAGGGGAAGAAGGGGAGCUUGAAGGGGCAAGAUGUGGCUGUUAAAGUUAUUCCAAAAUCAAAGAUGACUACAGCAAUUGCCAUAGAGGACGUGAGAAGAGAAGUGAAGAUGUUGCGAGCACUAACAGGACAUAAGAACUUGGUGCAAUUCUAUGAUGCCUAUGAAGAUGAAGAAAAUGUCUAUGUAGUGAUGGAGUUAUGCAAAGGAGGAGAACUACUGGACCGCAUUCUCUCUAGAGGCGGGAAAUAUUCAGAAGAAGAUGCAAAAAUUGUUAUCGUGCAGAUUUUAAACGUGGUUGCAUAUUGUCAUCUACAAGGCGUGGUUCAUCGUGACCUCAAACCUGAGAAUUUUCUAUUCACGACAAAAGACGAGCAUUCCCCUCUGAAAGCCAUCGACUUUGGACUUUCUGAUUAUGUAAAGCCAGACGAAAGGCUUAACGAUAUUGUCGGAAGUGCUUAUUACGUGGCCCCUGAGGUUUUGCAUAGAUCUUACGGAACAGAAGCAGAUAUGUGGAGUAUUGGUGUAAUUGCGUAUAUUCUUUUAUGUGGGAGCCGCCCCUUUUGGUCGAGGACAGAAUCUGGAAUCUUCCGGGCUGUUCUAAAGGCCGACCCAAGUUUUGACGAAGCCCCAUGGCCUGAUUUGUCUCGUGAUGCCAUAGAUUUUGUGAAGCGUUUGUUGAACAAGGAUUAUCGUAAGCGACUAACGGCAGCUCAGGCGCUAAGCCAUCCAUGGCUGGUCGGACAUCAUGACGUGAAAAUCCCUCUUGAUACGAUAAUAUAUAAGCUCGUAAAAGCUUAUAUUUGUUCUUCUUCUUUGCGAAAGGCUGCAUUAGGGGCUCUGGCUAAAACAUUGACGAUACCUCAGCUAGCCUAUCUCCGGGAACAGUUCACAAUGUUAGGGCCGAGUAAAAGUGGAUUUAUAUCCCUCCAAAACUUCAAAUUGGCUAUGACAAAGAACUCGACUGAUGCAAUGAAGGAUUCGCGUGUUCUGGAUUAUGUCAAUGUGCUUCCCAUGGCGGAUCACGGCAAGGCCAAAUCGGACAUCUCCUUCGCCGGAACAUUUGCCAGUAGUGCUUUUUCUGCUUGCUUCGCCGAGAUCUGUACUAUUCCAUUAGAUACUGCCAAAGUUCGGCUGCAAUUGCAGAAAAAAGCUGUUGCUGGAGAUGGUUUGGGUUUGCCGAAAUAUAGGGGAUUGCUAGGAACAGUUGGAACUAUAGCCAGGGAAGAAGGCUUAUCAGCGUUGUGGAAGGGUAUUGUGCCUGGAUUACACCGUCAAUGUUUGUAUGGCGGUUUGAGGAUCGGAUUAUAUGAACCCGUUAAAACCUUGUACGUGGGAAAAGAUCAUGUUGGAGAUGUACCGCUGUCGAAGAAAAUACUUGCUGCCCUUACGACUGGUGGUGUGGCGAUUGCUGUUGCCAACCCUACCGAUCUUGUCAAAGUAAGACUUCAAGCGGAGGGGAAACUGCCACCUGGCGUGCCCAGGCGUUAUUCCGGGGCACUAAGUGCUUACUCUACGAUUGUGAGACAGGAAGGAGUUACAGCUUUGUGGACUGGACUAGGACCUAAUAUCGCACGCAAUGCAAUUAUAAAUGCUGCUGAACUAGCCAGUUAUGAUCAAGUGAAGCAGACGAUCCUGAAAAUCCCGGGUUUUUCAGACAAUGUUUUCACCCAUCUCUUAGCUGGUUUAGGAGCUGGUUUCUUUGCCGUCUGCAUAGGCUCUCCGGUCGAUGUGGUCAAAUCGAGGAUGAUGGGGGAUUCUGCAUACAAAAGCACACUUGAUUGUUUUGUCAAGACUUUGAAAAAUGAUGGACCUUUGGCAUUCUACAAAGGGUUUAUCCCCAACUUUGGGCGAUUAGGUUCUUGGAACGUGAUCAUGUUUUUGACUUUGGAGCAGGCUAAAAAAUUUGUCAGAAAUUUAGAGUCUUCUUAG